UUUGCCGCGUCGACAAUGGCAUUUAAUCCGAGUCAAAUUUUGCUGUUAGCCCUGGCAGGGGCAGUUCUUAUUGGCGGUAGUCAAAGUGCAAAUAUAUUGGGAAUAUUUACAAGUAUAAGUCCUUCCCACCUGAUUAUUCAGAUGUCAAUGGUAAAGGUUUUAGCAGAAAAUGGACACAAUGUGACAGUCAUAACGACUCUGAAACCGGUUGUAAAUCAUCCAAAUAUCACAGUCAUACGUAUUCCACUUACCCCAGAAGAAGAAAAACAACUAACCCAGAUGAUUACAGGCAUGACAAAUCAGGAGUCAAAAAAUAUGAUUUACACAAUGUAUCGAAUUGCCACGCAAAUGACCUUAGUAUUUGAUAAAAUGGAAUCUGUAAUGAUUGAUCAGAGAGUAAAGGAUUUGUAUGAGAAUCAAGAUAAUCGAUUUGAUCUUGUCUUUUUGGGAUUCUUUAUGAAUAACUAUCAAUUAGGAUUAGCUCAAAAGCUGAAGGCUCCUGUGGUCAUUGCUGCUUCAGUGCCCCCAUCAGAGAUUAUGAACUAUUUGAUUGGUAAUCCAGCGGAGUUGGCAUAUGUCCCUACAUUUCAAAUUGCUGUAGAAAAAAAUCAAGGGAUGACAUUCGGUCAGAGACUUAAGAACUAUAUAGCAAGUUUGGGUUCUUCCGUUUUUGUGACAUACCUAGAAAAUAAAAAUGGAAAAAUCUACAAUUCACACUUUGGAAAUGAUCCUGAGAUGCCCAGCUAUGAGGAUUUGAAAAAGAAUGUGUCCCUUGUGUUCUUUGCUUCUCAUGGUAUUAGUGAAGGACCCAUUCGACCAAAUGUUCCUGCUGCUAUUGAAGUCGGUGGCAUUCAGAUUAAGGAUAAGCCCGAUCCUUUGCCACAGAAUAUGGAAAAGUUCUUAAAUGAAGCGAAGCACGGAGCCGUUCUAUUGAGCUUAGGGUCAAAUGUAAAGAGCUCCCUGUUAAAACCCGAAAUUGUCCAGAAGAUUUUUAGUGUUCUGUCAAAACUUAAACAUAAUGUGAUCUGGAAAUGGGAAGACUUAGAAAACACUCCCGGAAAGUCUGCAAAUAUACUCUAUUCCAAAUGGGUACCUCAAGAUGAUAUUCUGGCUCAUCCUAAUCUAAAGUUAUUUAUUACCCAUGCCGGCAAAGGAGGCAUUACUGAGGCUCAGUAUCAUGGAAAGCCCAUGUUGGCUCUUCCAGUAUUCGGCGAUCAACCUGCUAAUGCUGAAUCAAUGGUUAAAGCGGGCUUUGGCGUCUCCUUGGAAUUAUUAACUUUAGAAGAGGAAGCUUUUGAAGAAUCUUUACUGGAGGUGCUUAAAAAUCCAAAAUAUGCACAAGCAGUUGGCACAUUUUCAUCCCUCUAUAGAGAUCGUCCUCUGAGUGCUCGGCAAAAUGUUCUCUAUUGGUCGGAAUAUGUGAUACGUCAUCGUGGUGCGCCUCAUUUGCAGAGCCCCGUGGUGCAUAUGGGUGUGAUAGCCGCUAAUAAUUUAGAUAUUUAUUUAUUAUUAGCAGGCAUUUUGCUUAUCUCGUUGCUACUCCUAAAAGUUUUUAUUAAAUUUGUUUGUAGGAAGAUCAAUGCAGGAAAGUCUCAAAAAAUUAAGAAACAUUGAGAUAAGACAAUAAUAUGGUUUGGAAGAUAAAUAAUACUCUUUGAAUA